GAGCCACGUCCCACAGAAGGUGGUCAGGUGCCCGCUAAGUCAGUGAAGAUUUGAAGCUAAGGUCUCACACUUUUGCGUUUCGAUCUGCGGCUGGGCCACCGAACCUGGGGUCUUCACGCCCGAAACACGGGCAAGAAGAGGGACCAGAAGUCGGGGCAGCCUCGGGGCCGUGCUGUCCGCGAGACCCUGACCCGAGGCGCGGCCGGCCCGCCUCGACACUCGCGAGGCCGGCCGGCCGGAGCCCGGAACCGCCCGGCCCAAACGCGCCCAAAGAACGUCCUCGCGCGCCGGCCAACCCUGCGCACCUCCAGGACACCGCCCCAGCCAGGGAGGUGGAGCGGCCGCGCGGAAUUCACCAAUCAGGGAUCGGCGUUCGAAUUUGCGUCCCGGCGCUGCCAAUCGCGGGCGCGAGGAGCUGUUGUGUGGGCGGGGCCUGGCAGCGCGGCAGCGCGCUCGCCCCAUGGGCGGGCCAAUGGGAGCGCCGGGCGCGUUUGAAAACUCCGGCGGGCGGCAGGGCGGGAUGUGCGCCUGCGCGGGCCCGCACGGAGCUGGAGACUGGGCGGCUAAGGCUGAGGAGAAGGAGGAGGAGGCGGCGGCGACGGCGGCGGCGGUGGUGAUGGGGGCCGGCGGCGUGCUCCACUGUAGGUGCGCCAAGUGUUUCUGUUAUCCUGCAAAGCGAAGAAUCAGAAGAAGACCCCGAAACUUGACCAUCUUGAGUCUCCCUGAAGAUGUGCUCUUUCACAUCCUGAAAUGGCUUUCUGUUGGCGACAUCCUCGCUGUACGAGCUGUGCACUCCCACCUGAAGUACCUGGUGGACAACCACGCCAGCGUGUGGGCAUGUGCCAGCUUCCAGGAACUGUGGCCUUCCCCAAAGAACCUAAAGCUCUUUGAAAGGGCUGCUGAAAAGGGAAAUUUUGAAGCUGCUGUGAAGCUCGGCAUAGCUUACCUUUACAAUGAAGGCCUGUCUGUGUCUGAUGAGGCCCGGGCAGAAGUGAAUGGCCUGAAGGCCUCUCGCUUCUUUAGCCUUGCUGAGCGGCUGAAUGUGGGUGCCGUGCCCUUCAUCUGGCUCUUCAUCCGCCCACCGUGGUCAGUGUCCGGGAGCUGCUGCAAGGCCGUGGUUCAUGAGAGCCUCAGGGCAGAGUGCCAACUGCAGAAAACUCACAGAGCAUCCAUACUGCACUGCUUGGGGAGAGUGCUGAGUCUCUUCGAGGAUGUGGAGAAGAGGAAGCAGGCCCGUGACCUGUUUGAAGAGUCUGCUAAUCAGGGAUGUUUGUCGAGCUCGUACCUCCUCUGGGAAAGUGACAGAAAGACAGAUAUGUCAGAUCCUGGGCGAUGCCUCCACAGCUUCCGGAGACUCAGGGACUACGCAGCCAAAGGCUGCUGGGAAGCGCAGCUGUCUUUAGCCAAAGCCUGCGCGAAUGGACACCAGCUUGGACUGGAAGCCAGAGUCUCCAGCGAGAUAGUGAGCCAGCUCUUCCAGGCCUCCCGUGCCGUGGGCAAGCAGCAGGCCUUCUCCGUGCAGAGAGGCCUCAACGACACCAUGAGGUACAUUCUGAUCGACUGGCUGGUGGAAGUCGCCACCAUGAAGGACUUCACGAGCCUGUGCCUUCACCUGACUGUGGAGUGCGUGGACCGAUAUCUGCGGAGAAGGCCGGUGCCCCGGUACAGGCUCCAGCUGCUGGGCAUCGCCUGCAUGGUCAUCUGCACCCGGUUCAUCAGCAAAGAGAUCCUGACGAUCCGAGAAGCUGUGUGGCUCACGGACAACACGUACAAGUACGAGGACUUGGUGAGGAUGAUGGGAGAAAUCAUCUCGGCCCUGGAAGGGAGGAUACGAGUCCCCACUGUGGUCGAUUACAAAGAUGUCCUGCUGACGCUGGCCCCCAUGGCACCAAGAACCCAGCACCUGUGCAGCUUCCUUUGCGAGCUCUCCCUGCUGCACACCAGCCUGGCCGCCUAUGCCCCAGCACACCUAGCUGCCGCCACCCUACUGCUGGCGAGGCUGACACACGGGCAAACACAGCCCUGGACCACUCGGCUGUGGGACCUCACUGGGUUCUCCUGUGAAGACCUCAUACCCUGUGUCUUGAGCCUUCAUCAAAAGUGCUUCCACGACGAUGCCCCCAAGGACUACCGGCAGGUCUCUCUGACUGCUGUGAAGCAGCGAUUUGAGGACAAGCGCUAUCAAGAGAUCAGCCAGGAAGAGGUGCUGAGCUACAGCCAGCUCUGUGCAGCUCUAGGCGUGAAGCAGGAGAGCCCAGAGCCCACAUCCUUCCUCAGCGCAGGGGACAUCCACACCUUCCUCAGCUCUCCUGGGAGGAGAACCAAGCGGAAGCGGGAGAAUAGCCUGCAGGAGGACAGGGGCAGCUUCGUUACCACGCCCACCGCCGAGCUAUCCAGCCAGGAGGAGACACUGCUGGGCAGCUUCCUGGACUGGAGCCUGGACUGCUGCUCGGGCUACGAGGGUGACCAGGAGAGCGAGGGAGAGAAGGAGGGCGAUGUGACGGCUCCCAGUGGCAUCUUUGAUGUCACUGUGGUCUACUUGAACCCAGAACAGCACUGCUGCCAGGAAUCGAGCGAUGAGGAUGAAGGACACCAGGAUUCACAUGCCUCUGCAGCAGACACCCAGAUGCCUCCAUCGCCAGGGCCCAUGCCCCCUCUCUGUGGCAGGAGGGAGCCGGGCAAGGACAUUAUGACCUCAGGGUACUCCUCCGUCAGUAGCUCAAGUCCCACAAACUCCGUGGACGGCGGCUUGGGGGGCCCUCCCCGAUCUACCUCAGUGCUGUCCCCAGGCAGCCACUCAAGCACACAGCCUUGCCACCAUCGUGCCAGGAAGUCAUGUUUACAUUGCCGGCCCCUGAGCCCCCCGGAGAGCAGCUUUCCCUGGCGACAGGUAAAGAAGAAACACCUUUCUGCCCACAGUGAGGAGGAGGAAGACAUGAACUUGAGCUUCCUGAAGCUGUGAGUGUCAGGGCAUUUGCCACAGUGAAAGUUUACCGAGGCCGGAGGUCUGCUGUGCUGGCCGCAUGGGGGCGCUGGAGAGCGGUGUCUCCCCGUGCAGACCCUGCAGCAGACUCUCCUGUCGCGAGAACAGGCACUAACUCCUUUCCCCGGGAACCACGCGAGCCGGCAGAAUAUCUGAAUCAAAACCAAAACUCAGAUCCCUGUUGCUGGAAAGUUUACCCUCGAGGCAAUCAUGCCACACUGUGUGAAGCCAGUUUAUCAUGUUUCCUCCUGUGUCCCAUCCUGCUCUCUCCAGGAAGCUUCAGCCUAUGUCCUGACCUCAGCCCCACUGAGCCCCACCCCAGGAGCCCCCAGGGUGCACAGUUGAGGACAGGGGAACCCAGGGAGCCGGGUUCUGCUCAUCCCUCCCUGCAUCUAACUGGUUCUGGAUCCAAGGGGAGCUGACAACUAUGAGCACACCACUGUCCCUGAGGACAUCUGCUUCCUUCCUCACUGGGUGGCGGGUCCUGUGGAGAGGGAGCCCAGCUCCGACCAUUGUCGGCUCCACAUGGCCACCAAGUAGGGGCCCUGACUUUGCAGGCCAGCACUGGGAUGUCCUGGUCAUAGGCCUGUAUUCUCUGCUCAUUUGAGAAUCUUUAUCCCCUCCCAGAAUAAUUUGUCUGUGUCCCCAUAAACCUCUCUUUGCACUGAAUUCUGGGCUAUUUCUUUUCCUGUCUUUGUUCUCAUUCUUCUAAAAUGAAAACUAAAAUUAAAAAUAGAAGGUAUUAAAUUGAAGGAUGGUAAAAUUUUAAAUAUUAUUUAGGUUCAGCUGAAAAUAGAAAAUCUGAUUCAGGCUCCUCAAUGCUAUCCUGACAUUCUAUGCAAAAAGAAUUUUCCCAGAGAAGUUAGCCAGAAAAAAUUAUACAUCAUAUUUAACAUCUGAGGUGACCAAGGUUUGAAAGAGCAAGAUUAAAAGGAUCUGUCCCUGUCUGCUGGGUUGGGUAAGCCUGGAUCUGCUCUGGGACCCCAGGAGCAAUGAGCCACAGACACUCCAUGGGGCCAGCAGCCAGCCCGUCUGAGAGCUUCUGAAAGCUGACCCUGACCUCACAGGUGGCUGGAUCACCAACACACUCAUCUACUGGCAUAGUUCCUGUUUCCUCUCAUGUCAGGGAGAACUUCCUGGCGAGGAAUGUCCCCCAAAUGCUCUUUCAACAGAACUGCAGGGACAUGCUGACUCAGUGGCUUAUCUUGGUGCUUGUGUGUGUGACGACCUCCCUGUGGGGGCCAUCUUUCUGCUUCUGUGGGAGAAUUCUGGCCAUCCUGGGCACAUGUCUGGGGUGAGGGGGACCCUGACACUGGAAUUGCAGACCUCUUGUUGACUGUGCCUCUGGGCAUGUGUGAGCCUCAGUUUACUCAUCUGUAAGGUGGGGCAAUACCUACCUCACAGGGGUGUUGUGAGGAUUAAAUGUGAUGAAGAUGGUGA